AUGGCCCAAUCGCUACAAUCCCCGAACGCGAUCCCUCCGCGAACAAGCUCCAACGGCGCCGUCAAUGCGAGCCCAGGUCUAGGAUCGAUCUCGGAGGGCGAAUGGAUGUCGUCGUCCAAGCGGAAACAGCUGAGCACCAACACCAACAGCAAACAUGGCCGGAAUCGAUCCAGCGUGGACUGGACGCAGACGAAAGAGGGCCUGUGGUCGCAAGAAAAGGACCACAUUCUGAUGGGGCCGUAUGACUACAUGGCGCAACAACCAGGAAAAGAUAUUCGCAAGCAGAUGAUUACUGCAUUCAAUGCGUGGUUGAAGGUGCCCGAGGCUAGUUUGGCCAUUAUCACAAGAGUUGUGACCAUGUUGCAUACAGCUUCGUUACUCAUCGACGACGUCGAAGACAACUCGGUCUUGCGAAGAGGUAUUCCAGUGGCGCACAAUAUUUUUGGCACAGCCCAGACUAUCAACUCGGCAAACUAUGUUUAUUUUCUAGCGCUACAAGAAGUCCGCAAACUCAACAAUCCCGUGGCGAUGGAUAUAUAUACCGAAGAACUUUUGAAUCUGCACCGGGGGCAGGGCAUGGAUUUGUUUUGGAGGGAUUCGCUGACCUGCCCGACUGAAGAGGAGUAUCUGGAGAUGGUCGAUAACAAAACCGGGGGUCUAUUUCGACUGGCGGUUAAGCUGAUGCAAGCAGAAAGCAGUACAGGGAGAGACUGCGUACCGCUCGUCAACGUACUCGGCCUGAUAUUCCAGAUUUGCGACGACUACCUCAAUCUCUCCGACCAAACAUACAGCAAAAAUAAGGGGCUCUGCGAAGACCUAACCGAGGGCAAAUUUUCCUUCCCUAUCAUCCACAGCAUCCGCGCGGACCCGUCCAACGUCCAAUUAAUCAACAUCCUCAAACAAAAGACCAAGGACGAAGAAGUCAAAUUGUACGCCGUGAGUUACAUGGAGCGUACAGGCAGCUUCGCGCAUACUAAGAGGGUAGUGACGCAGUUGCGCGACAAGGCUUUUAAACUGAUUGAUGAGAUGGAUGGGAUUUAUGAUGAGCAGCCGAUAGUCGAUAGCGGGAGGAAUGGGAGGUUUGUUAGGGAGAUUUUGGAGAAGAUUGUGGAAUCGACGUUGAAGGAUAAGGGGAAAGCGUGA